AUGUCAUGCCCAGAGGAAGUGGCUGCCCUGGCAGAUGAGGACCUGCUUGACUUCCUUCUGAAGGAUGAUGCUCCCUGCCCUGAAAUCCCAGGGGAGGAUAACGGUCUGCUGGAAGACUGGGACCUGACAGAGCCUGAGCUCCUGGACAAGGAGGUGGAUGACUUCAUCAGCUCCCUGCUGAGCCCCUUUGAAGAAGAACCAGGCACGCUGCAGGGUUAUUUGCCUGCUGACAGCGACAGCGGCAUUUCUGAGGAUCAGCAUCUGUCCCAUAGCCCCAGCAGUGACUUUGCGGGCAGUCCUCAGAGCUCAGACAUCGUGCACAUUGAUCACAACUAUUUCCUCCAUCAGGACUGGCCUGUGCUGGAAAGUGUGAAAUCUGACACAGCAGAAGGAGAUUUUUCCAUUGACCUUGAGACAUGGAUGGGUUUAGAAAGCACAAGCAGGGCACUGGAACAGAGCUCCAGUUUCCCCAUUGCUGUUGCGGUGGAUGCUGGACCCCAGCCUGUGCCUGGAGCCAUCGUGCAGUCUGAUUUCCCAGAGCUGGUCCUGACAGAGGAGGAGAGGCAGCUCCUGGAGAAAGAAGGUGUUUCAUUACCGACCUGUGGGCCAUUGACCAAAGCUGAAGAGCGGCUUCUGAAGAAAGUGCGUCGCAAGAUCCGGAACAAGCAGUCAGCCCAGGAUAGUCGUCGCAGGAAGAAGAUCUACGUGGAUGGCUUGGAAAACAGGGUGGCAGCCUGCACAGCUCAGAACCACGAGCUGCAGAAGAAGGUGCAGCUGCUUCAGAAGCAGAACAUGUCACUGCUCAAUCAGUUGCAGAAACUGCAAGCCUUGGUGAGACGGUCCACCAACAAAACUACCACAGCAAAAACCUGCACCAUGGUCGUGGUUCUGUCCUUCUGCCUCAUUCUGUCCCCCAGCAUCUGCUCGUUUGGGAGAAAAGAGCCGCAGCCGGAGCUCAGAGUGCUAUCACGGCAGAUCCGCGAGUUGUCAGACCAGGUGGUAGCUGACAUGCAGAAGGAUGCUGUGCUGGAGGGGUUCAGCCCAGAGCCCGAGGACCACUUGCUGUCGGGCAGCCUCAAUCGAUCACAGGAAGAGGAGCAGAGUCCACCCAGCAUUAGUCCCAGAUGUUGUUUCAACAGCAGCUCAUCUUCCGACACUCCGGCGGCAGUGGGAUCCGAGCUGCGCCCUCCCCAGCCUCAAAAGCAGCGCUCCCAGAGCGACCCUUUGCAGGCAGUGGUGCCGGUGGCAUGGAAACCCAAGACACAGGAGUGGGCGGAACGUGCUGACAGUGUUGUCAUCCAGCAGCACCGUGCUGAUGAGAUGUGA